AUGGACUUUAGGGAUAGUUCACUCCCUGACGGGAUCAACCCGAUGAACUUUCCUGCCAAACUAUGGCGUUUGGUGAACAACCCGCUAAAUGAAGGCAUCUGCUGGGACAUUCACGGCGAAGUCAUCCUCAUUGAUCAACAACUCUUUGAGAAGCAGAUCCUGUCUCCCAGAGCCAACACCUCACCUGACGCCUUCAAAACAACCAACUUCUCAAGCUUUGUCCGUCAGCUCAAUCUGUAUGGCUUCAAGAAAGUCGAUCAACCUAUUAAACAGGCUGGAUACAUUGCAGGAUAUCAUCAAUUUAUAAACCCAAACUUCAAGCGAGACAAGCCUGCAUUUGUUGAAAAUCUGAGGAGACUGACCGCUGAGAACAAGGCCAAGAUAAAAGCUGGUGUGGACGUGAAAGCUCGUCCCCUGAGUCGAUUCCUUCGGUUCAGUGGGGGAGGUGAUUGCAUGGAUCACGACUUGAAAAGAGGCAAGUGAAGUUCUUUGCUGACUAGCCAUAGCCCCCGACAUCAGGAGUCCCAACAUCCUUAUCUUCCAAAAAAAGCUCAGGCCAUGACAUCGCACAAUGGAACCCCAGUUCCCCCACGAUUCCUGAUAAGGGGUCAUGGUGCGGCUCUUUCGCCGAUAGUCUUUGCUGCAGACAAAGGGAUACCAGUCUCCUUAAGCCACCACUACCCUGGACUCACCACAGGCUCCAAUCAUAUGCACCUUCAGCAGAGUUUACUGGCCCGUGCAAGCUCUGCAAAUCCCAAUUUUCCUUUUCCUGGUUCUCAUGCACAAUAUCAGCCGGGCUACUUGGCUGCAGCCUACCAGUGCUGCCAUCCGAGCCUUAUGGCUUCCCAUAUGGCAGCUGGUGGACUUCAGCCAGUGCCCCUCUCUCCCCACAGAUAUUACCAGGCAAGCUAUCCUGUGAACAUGUUUCCAUAUUCGGACCCCCACCAGGAAUCAAAGACCAAGGGACACCAUGAGUUGAACAAAUGUGACAUCAACUUGGACACAAUCUUCCAGAUUGCCGAUGAGGUGAUGCAAACUCCACCCAGUAGAGCUGGCCUGGUUAGAGUUGUGACCCCAGAGAAGCUGGGCCCUGUGUUAGUGCCGGUCUCCAACACCAGCAUGAUGAGUGACAACCUGACCAGCCCCAUGAAAGCUAGCCCUUUGAGCCCUGGACCCAUCAUAAUGGCUGUGUCAGCCAAAAGUGGUCCGAUUCAUUACAAACAAGACGAGAAGUCUGUGAUUUCAGUACCUGAGAAAAUGCCUGAAUAUGACAUAUCUCACGUAACCGUUGAUGAUGCAAAGGACACUGAGCUUAUAGAUGUCGAGGAAAGGUCGCCUCUAAAGGAAACCAGUCAGGCCAACAAUGCCAACAGCAGCAAGGAUACAGGAAGUACACCAUAUCUUUAG